UUGAAAUCUACUAUAUAAAUGAGCAUUUUGUAAUCUCUCUAGUCUCUAGCUCGCUCGAGCUUGUGAAGAUCGAAAAUCAACUUGUACCGAUACGUCUACAGAAUGAGCUUCCGUAUCAUCACAAAGCCGCUGCGGAGCCGAAGCAGAAUCGGAUUAUCGCCAUUUCGCUCCAUUUUCUUUCGUUCAUUCUCACACAUUUCCUCGCAAUUCACCAGACCUACGUUUGGCAUUGCCUUCGACAUUGAUGGCGUGCUUCUCCGCGGCGAUGCUCCCAUUGGAGGCUCUCCACAAGCUCUCAGAAAGUUAUAUGAAGAUUCUGGUGUAUUAAGGAUUCCUUAUAUCUUCUUGACAAAUGGCGGUGGAUUUCGUGAAUCCAAGAGAGCCUCAGAUUUGAGUGAAGUUUUGGGCGUAAAUAUAUCACCUUUACAGGUUGUUCAGGGCCAUUCACCAUUUAAACACCUUGUGAACGGAUAUGAAAACAAACUUGUGAUUGCUGUUGGAAAAGGAGAACCCGCUGCAGUGAUGUCUGAAUAUGGAUUUCAGAAUGUUCUUUCAAUUGAUGAAUAUGCAUCCUUCUUUGAUAACAUUGAUCCUCUGGCACCAUAUAAGAAAUGGACGACUAUAAAAGGUGCUAAUCAUGAAAAAACUAUCACAGAUGUAACUGAGGAGAAGAAAAUUUGCUCAGAGAGAGUUGAGGCUGCCUUCAUCGUUAGUGAUUCUGUUGACUGGAGUAGGGAUAUUCAGGUACUUUGUGAUAUCUUAAGAACUGGAGGUCUUCCAGGAAGGGAGUUUGGACACCAACCGAACUUGUAUUUUGCACAUGAUGACCUUGAAUACCAGGCUGCUUUUCCUUGUGAGCGUUUUGGUAUGGGAGCUUUCAGAAUUGCACUAGAGUCUAUCUACAAUAAGAUUCAUCCUCAUGCUUUGCAGUAUACGUGCUAUGGCAAACCAAAUCCACUCGUAUUUCACAAUGCAGAAGCUGUACUUAAACUAGUGUCAUCAAUUCACCAAGACAAGGCGGCUGCGAAUACUGAAACUCAUCACUUCAAGACUCUAUAUAUGAUAGGGGAUAAUCCUUCUGUCGAUAUUAAUGGUGCAAUUCAGGCUGGAAGUCCUUGGUUUUCUAUCCUGACUAGGACAGGGGUUUUUAAGGGAAGAGAGAAUCAUGACAAGUAUCCAGCUGAUCUGGUAGUUGACACUGUUGGAGAAGCAGUGGACUACAUUUUCAAGAAGGAAGGGAUCUCUUGAGAGAGGCAUCAAGGGAGGGUUAUUCUUUUGAGAUCACAUUAAUAAUGCAAUUGUCAUCGGUGAGAUUCGUCUAUUGUCAUAAUUAAUGGCAGUCGCUUGACCAAUUUCUAUUGGUGAAAAGUAUUUUUUAAUCUACAUUCUCAUCUUUUCACAUUCGACGUAUAGAAGAAAUCUAAUUUUUUGUAUGUUAGUAGUGUGCUGAUUAAUGGAACUUGGGAAAGAUCUCCAUCUUCUAAUUUUAUUUUUUCUUUUUAUAAUAUAUAUGUGUAAAGGUUAAAAGUCAUUUUUGAUCCUUAAACUUUGUUAGUGGAUCAUGUUCAAGUAAUAACCAGUAAUAACCUAAAAGAUUUGUAGUAUAUGUAUAAGGUUGAGUGUCAUAUCCUAAUGACAUUGUUGAUACGACUCAUUUUAUAAAUGUUAUAAGGGUUGUAAGUGUUACAAA